CCUCCUCACUUUCAUAUACAAGAGCCUUUUUAUAGGAGCCAGAAGAAGCUUCUGAUGCAUCUACAAUAACAGUCACAGUCAAAUCUGUAGUCUAUAUAUGUAAGUUAUUUUUUAUUAUAAAACACCGACAAGCGAUGGCAAAGCGAGCAGCUCGACAGAGGAGCCAGCUGCCCACCUGUUACUAUGAGGGAUACCUGGAGAAGAGGUCCUUCAAAGAUAAGACGUCCCGGAAACUGUGGACCUGCCUGUGUGGCAACACGCUGUUCUUCUUCAAUGAGAAGAGAGACUCUGACUACGUAGAGAAAGUGGAUCUCAAGGAACUGAUCUCAAUCACAGACGACAGCAGCCAGGAUCGUAACUUAGACGCAGCCAGAAUCAACCUCCAGACGAAGGACAGAGUUAUCAAAUUCACUGCUCCUAACGCAGAGGCUCGUGAGCUAUGGAAGGGCUACAUCCGCUCUGUGGCUGAGCUGACGGUACCAUCCUCCCUCAACCUGCUACCAGGCCAGAUCCACAUGCUGAAAGAGACCGUGGAAAAGGAAAAAGGAAGAACAAGAAAUCUUCUUCCACUUCCAACUGCUGUCACCAACUCCACUGCUUACAUCAGCAUCAAAACAGAUAUGCCAGCUUGUUACCACAACGUGUCCCGACUGGAGGCCGAGCUGCUGCUGGAGAGAGUGGCCAAACAAGGAAACCUGCUGCUGAGACCCGGAAGUAACGGAAACUCCUUCGCUGUCACCACCAGACAGGACCUUGAAGGCUCUGUAUUCAGACACUACCGCGUGGCUCGUAAAGUCGAUGGCAGCUUCGCCAUUGAUGUGGACACACCUGUCCCUUGUGCUACGCUCCACGAUGUGAUCAACUAUUUAGUGGAAAAAACCGACCGGGUUCUGAUUCCUCUCAUCAUGGAGGAACCCUACGAGAAAAACAUCUUUUUUAUUCGGUCUGAUAAGGAAAACGGAGAGACGAGCAUUCAUCAGGCCCCGUCAAACACUGCCACACUCCUGCCAACUUUACCCCCCAAAGUCGCUUCGAGAGUUCCGACCCCUGAACCGGCGCCAAAUGAAGAGGACAAUGUCUAUCUGAAUGACGAACCUGUGAAGAAAGAAAAAGAGACAGAGGUUUCCCCAGUUGUUCCACUGCCACAACCAGAGAAAAAAGCUCCAAAGAAAGCAAUUAUGCCUCCAAUUCCUAUUCCUCGCAAAUCGAACCCCGCUUCCUCAAAUAUGAGGACGAGAACCCUCACAGACCCUCUGGGACAGAUUCCUCUAGCAGCAUUAACUGAGCUGAAACUCAAGUUGGGGCAAAAGGCCAGAUCUUAGAGGAAUGUCCUGCAUCUGUGAAAACCUGCUCCACCAGUGAUUCAGAGUCACUAAACCAGUCUGUCCCAGUGAGAUGAACCAACACAAGACAGCGGAGAACAGCUGUUUCCUACAAAAACAACCUGUUUCCUCCUCUGCUCCUCCUCGUCAGCUGGCUGUCGACAGUAAAGCCUCUCUGAAGAUUAACACUGUUAUUGAUUCACUCAUUAGCGAGUUAAUCAGCUGUAACGAGGGAUGUUGCACGUCACAUCAUCCUCACCGUGUUUUGUCAUGUACGUUUUGCACAUUUACCACUGACAAUGGUGCACAUUUACCACUGACAAUGCUGCACAUUCUUCUAAUCAGAUUAUCUACAUCAAUGUUGUUUUUGACUACUUCUUUUUAGUGUAAUCAAAUUGUAUUGUAUAUAUUUUUACUUAUUAUAUAUUUAUUGUAAAACAAAUUACUGCCUCUCCAUACAGUGAAGUGUGAAUGAAACAGGGCUGCAAUUUAUAAUUAUUUUCAUUAUUGAUUAAUCUGUAGAUUAAUUGUUUGGUUUAUAAAAUGUCAGAAGAUAGUGAAAGAGGUGAUGUCUUUAAAUGUCUUGUUUUGUCAAGUACUCAGUUUAAUAUGAUAUAAUACAGAGAAAAGCAGCAAAUCUCCAUAUUUUAGAGGCUGAAAACAGCAUUUUCUACCAUUUUUGCACAAAAAAUAGCUGGCCAUUAUUUUUCGAUUGAUUGGUCGGUUACUGUACCUUCAGUAUUGUAUGUGAAUACAUUAUAUAUAUAUAUAUAUAUAGUGUUUCAGUGAAGGAAAAUUCUUGCUUUUGUCACAUCAAAUCAGAUACAUGUGAACAAACAACUUCCAGUAUGUGCUAUGCAUUUUUUAAAAUAAAGCCGACAUUUGUUUCUUACUUUGUUUUUUAUUCCUCGUUGAAGCAGAAAUCCAAGAACAAAGUGCUCUCGCUCCUUUAUUACCUCAAUGACUGAUACAAUAUUGUGGAAAAAAUUAAACUAUUUACAAUAAAUUGUGACACUGUGUCAGCAUGUGAAAAUAAAGUUGAACAUAACUCUCAGCCGGACGCUUCUUUAAAAUCAUUGCAGGCUACAGUUAUUCAGGAGAUGCAUACAGAGGGAGCAAAGCAAAUACUUGUUACCCUUUAACAUGUAGACGCUACUCAGACGUCGGGCUGUGCACUAGCUAGGGCUGCACGAUUUUGAGAAAAAUAUCUAAUUGCAAUUAUUUUUGACUGAUAUUGCAAUUGUGAUAUGAUUUACGAUGUUAGAUGGAAUGAUAUUUUUUACAUCAUUAUUCUCAUUUUCACUGAAAAACAUUUGAUUAUGGUGUGAUUUUUGCGGCGAUCUGCA